AUGCCUUUUCUCGACGACCCUCACGACCCCGUCAUGAUCGCUCACAGGAUGAUGAAGCGACCAGCGAGCCCCCGCCGCGACUAUCUCAUGCGCUGUGCCGAGCGACAGCUGCUGCCGGUCCCCGUGAUCAACAGAGCCCUCAGAAUCGAUCCGCAACCGGCAAUGGCAGACCCCAUGACGGGCGACGCCGGAGAGGUUCACACGGCUCGUGGAAAACCAGGGGAGGCCGAAGAAACAAACAUCGGAGCGGAGGUCACCCUUUCCGAAUGUACCGACAUCGCCUUUCCGAUCAACGGGGGAGAGGAGGACGACACCAAGAAGGCCAACGUGGAGCUAGUAGACUCUGGCCUUGAUGGGCCGGCCUCUGAGACUCUUCUCGGCGUACUCUUGGAAAGAGCGGGGACUAUCAUCAAGCUCGACCUCAGCGGGAACCGCAUUGGACUACAAGGGGCCAGCGGACUAUCUCGUCUCAUCGCUCACAAGCGAUGCGCUCUGCGCUCUCUGAAGCUAGACGGAAACAAGGCCGGCGACCACGCAGUCAUAACGGUGUUGAAAGCCCUUGCGAGGUACCAGCCGCCCGUAACUCACCUCGGUCUCUCGGACAACGGACUCACACUCAAAGUAAUGCAGGAGUGCGCCGGUCCUCUCCUCACCGGUGGGCUUUCGCUCCUCAGCCUCGACCUGGGUUGGAACCACCUGAACCAGCAAGCAAUCGAGGAGGUGUCGGAUGCUCUGGCGUGGAACAAGUCCGUCACCAAGAUGAACUUGGAGUUUAACAACAGUGGGGAAGGCGUGCAUGCACUCGCAGAGGCCUUGCAGAACAACAAGACCCUCACCAAUCUCAAUCUCACGGCAAACCAUGUUCGAUGGGAGGGUGCAAUCGCGCUGUCAGAGGCUGUGGUUGCAAACACCAAUCUGCGGAAUCUGGUGCUCAGGGACAACCCAAUUGGCACAGCGGCGGGAUUGCAGAUGUCGAUCGCCCUUGCCGAAAAACCUGGCGACCCAUGUCUAGUUGAUAUCAAGGGUUGCACUUGUUUCUCCGACAAGACCGACGUCUGGAGUGGAAUGAAGGCCAGAAAGGGGGCUGCGAGAGCCGCGCGCCUUGCCUUGGUCAGGGCACGAAAUGCAGCGAUACGGGCCAGAAAAAAGCUUAGAGAGAAGGAGAAACGCGACCAAAGCUCUUCGAGGACCGGCGGGAAGAAAUCAGGGGCUGAACUAGACAGCACCGGCGCCAGCAAAGGUGCCCCUCAACCUCCCAAGAACGUCCCGCCACCCCUUCCACCACCCACACGGCCCGAUGAACAUCUCUACUGGCUGGAUCUCACCGUUGACAGAAAAUGGGAUUUGCGGCUGAACAGGCCGUUCGACAGGGCAGUCGGGAGAGAGGUCCUGAGGACAUUCAACUUCUCCAGUGGGGGUAGCUUGGCGGGCAUACUCCGAGUACCGGGUGGAGCACCGCGACAAGUGACGUUUAGGCGCCGAGAAAAACUACAACCGGCCCCUGGAGAUGCGACAGGGAACGGUCUAUCGUCACGUCGAGGACGCAAGUCCGGGGUAGUCGGAGAUGGGAGGGGGCCAGCAGUUGGCAGAGGAAAGGCCAUCAGCAACGUCGCGGUAUCCAAGGGGAGGGGCAAGGGAAAGGCCGGAGGGGGGACGGCCCGCCAAAGGGAGGCCGACCAUCCGCUAGCUAAAUGGUUGAACGAGUGGACUGAACGGAAGGAAAGGGGGUGGGAAGGCGAUGUUCCUCCAGUCCAAGGGCUUACUGUGCGGGAAGAGGUUAACAAGCUCUUGGCUCAGCUGCCGGCGGAAGGAACGAUCAAGCUUGCCUACAAGGCGGGAACACUCCUGUCCGCCAAGCGCUCCCUCCUUGUCAUGGCACCUGGACCGGUCAAGACCACCAACACCUUCGAACAGCAACGUCGUGGUUCGGCCGCCAACAAAGUGUUGCUACUACCAGGCAGCGGUUCAGACGGACGAUACAGCACGGGGGGAGGGUUAGUAGCGCAAGGGAUAGAGGAUUCCCGACCAGUGGCUACUGAGGGAGGUAGAGGACGUUGUACGAACAGCGCUGGCGGUGGCACUGGCUUGGGUGACGAGGAGCGAAGGACACAAGGAAUGCCCGCAACGGCAAUAGAAACCAAGACAACAACGAUAACGCUCUGCAGGGCUGCUGAUCGGGCAUUUGAGUCGGUGAUUUACAUGCUCAGGUCUCUCGGGUCACCGAUACAGAUGUGUGAAAUGGUGGAGUGCCUGUCAAGACGGACAUGGUUAUCCGACAACCAGCUGUAUUCGCUCUUGGACGCUUUCUCGGAUGAGCCGAGAAUGUCGGAACCCCGAUGCAGAGUGUUCCUAGCCCUCCUGCCCAACAUCCGACACAACACCCUCAAGGCCCUAGGACAGCAUCUCUCUCAGCGCGUGAAGCGUCUCCAGGGCAUCCCGCCGCCAGAUUUUUCCGCAGGUGCCCCGAAAAGGGUCACCGCUGGUGCAGCCGCUCGAGCGAGAGCAGCCGCGGCGGCGACGCAGAGGGAAGACACCGGGGGACCGCCGCUUAUGCGAUGGGAAAGAGAUGCCGCCAUGGCGAGGAUGGACGAAGAGAGAAAGGAACAAGCAGAGGCUGAGGAAGCUGCGCGGCGGGCCAAGAUCUUGGACGACGGCUGGAAGGGAGGCCCCUUCUUGGAUGGUUUGGGUAGUGACUUCGUUGGUGUUCUCGCGGGGUGCUCGGCGUCGACGUUUCGAAGGUUUGGUCUCGAGGGCCGCCUGACACCGUUGGAAGAAGAGCGGCUCGGUAGCGUGGUCGAGGGCUCCUCCGCUUACUUCAACCCGUUCGCCCCGCAGGGUCAUUACAAUUUGGACAUGACCCUGCCUAGUGACAGGGAGGUGUUCCGCGCCCUUCUCGGUCUAGAUAAGGUCAACCGUGCGCACGUGGGAAUGAAAGGACUUCUGGACCCGUCACAGCACGGCAAUAGCCACCACCUGCGCAACUUCAGGCUGGGCGGCGGGAGGCCGGUCAAAUUUGGUCUUCUCUCCCGCAGGGCGCGAACCAAGCUGAACAAACGCGGGGCUAAGAAAACCAAGAAGAAAGCGGCAAAACAAGCGAAAGAGCCGGCCAAGGCUAAGAAAAUGACGAACAAAGCAGCCGCGGGCAAGACUAAGGCGGGGAACGCUAAGACAAGCAGCCGCGGCAUCAAUAAUGCACGAGGCGCAAAAGGGACAGCCCCUCAAACAGAGAAAAGACUUCCACGCGAGAGUGUCAAGCCAGCAGGCUCAGGGACUCCUGGAGGGUCCGUCAAGCGUUUCCCCACGAUGCCAACAGCAUCACGAAUUUCGUUCGACUUCUUGCACUACAUCCGACCAUCCCCCGGCGCAACGUCGACCCCCAAGGAGAGUUUCGACCAGCUGGUACAAUUUUUAUCAAACUGGAUGUCGUGUGGCAACGCGAACGGUGGCAAUGGCGCAGACGACAACGACAACGACAAAGUUAAUGGUGGCAGCGCUGUUGAUGUAAACUCCAGUAAUGGCGGCGGCGGCGACGCAGAUACAAAUGAUGAUGGGCAUGAUGACGGCGGCGCCGUGAAGAGGAAAAAGGGACGGUUGUUCGUAAACUUCCUCCGAAACCUGUGCCAUGUGUUCUACUUCAAUUGCAACCAGGUGGUCGACCUCCUGCGGGUAUUCCCGGGAGAAGACGACGAGCACGAACCAGCAAAGGAAAAUGGCAACGAAGCGGGGACGGGAAAGGAAGCAGGGAGCUCGUGUCGUGAGGAGGUCUUCGUCGCCGUGGUCUGCAGGAUAACAGACGAAAGCAACCUGGACCUAUGCCUAGGGGUGCUAACGGAUCGCGAGGUAUCGAGAUGCGAAGCGCGACUAGGUCCUGUUGCUCUCUUCAUGCCCACGCAGCCUGAUGGGGAGUACAAACUGGACCUCAGGGCAUUUGGGGAUCGCCAAAUCGCGACUCUUCUGCUUGGUGAGGUACACCCAUACUUAUUCUGCUUCGGCAAAUGCGGACGCACGCUCGACGUUAACGCGACAACGCUGCCGACCAACCCAAUGGCGGCGACAUGCAUGCCUAACUUGGAAAUGACCUUUGAACCUGUCUUCGUUUGA